AUGGAACAAAAACAAAACAAAAGCGCAGAUGAAGAUUUUGUUAUCAUGGGAUUCAACAUCAAUGAGACUUUACAGAAUGUAUUUUUUGUGUUAUUCCUUCUCCUUCACCUCAUCACCCUCUCAGGGCACCUGGCUAUUGUGAUCAUCAGUUUAGCUGAUCCUACCCUUGGCACCCCCAUGUAUUUCUUCCUACGUAACUUGUCCUUCAUUGAAAUCUGCUACACAUUGGUCAUUGUGCCCCAAAUGCUGGCUAACUUCUUGGGCAAGAGCAGGCAAGUCUCCUUCAUGGCCUGUGCCUCCCAGAUGUAUUUCUUCAUUGCCUUUGGCGGUGCAGAGUGCUUUCUGUUAGUUGUGAUGGCCUAUGACAGGUAUGUUGCCAUUUGCAACCCCUUGCGCUACACUCUUGUCAUGAACCAAAAUCUCUGCAUACAGCUCUUGAUAGUAGCCUGUGUCAGUGGAUUCACAAUCUCCCUGGGACUCACCAUGCUGAUUUUCAAUCUCCCCUUCUGUGAUUCACACAAUAUUAACCAUUUUUUCUGUGAUAUCCCACCUGUGAUGUUCUUAGCCUGUAGUGAUACACAUGUCAACGAAAUGGCUGUUCUCCUCGUCUGCACAAUGAUCCUGCUCAUUCCUUUCUUGCUCAUCCUACUUUCCUAUGUCUUCAUUGCCAAUGCCAUUUUCAGAAUUAAAUGUUCCCAAGGGCGGAAGAAGGCCUUCUCUACCUGUGUUGCUCACCUGGUUGUAGCUGUUCUCCACUAUGGUUGUGCCAUUUUCAUCUACAUCCGACCAAAGGCUAGCUACUCCUUGAAUGAAGACAAGGUGGUUUCUUUGAUCUACACUAAUGUCACACCAAUGUUGUACCCCAUGAUUUACAGCCUCAGGAACAAGGAAGUCAAGGGGGCUCUCAAGAGAGUUUGGGGAAGGGGCAGAUCUAAAGGCUCUAAUGAUGAUUGAUAGGUUGUUGGCCCUAUGACUGCAACCUGGGAAAAGCUACCCAAUUGCAAAAUGCAAGGCCCAAAUAAAUUCAAACAAACUAACAGUGCAAGAAAAAGAAAUUCAAAUCUCCUGGCACAGCCGUGCCAGCACAAGCGUGCUUUUGCCAUUGAGGCCUACUUU